ACGAAAGUGGGUUUAACAAGAUAAGUGGGUUUUUCCAGGUUACAAACUGCAGACUGGAGCUCAGGUGACAAGGUAGUCGGAGUGAUAAGGAUCCAACAUUUCAAGCUACCAGAUGGAUCAAGGCCGGUCCACUAUCCAGGACGUCAUCCGAUGUGAUCUUUGUAAGGACAACAUUGUACAGAGUUACUGUGACUACUGUAAUUUCAACCUCUGUAAGCCCUGUAUAGGUGAACAUAUCUCUGAUGGAUACGACAAACAUAAAAUUGUCUCCUUCCACCUACGCCGAUCCACCUUGAUUUAUCCAAAAUGCAAAACACAUCCAAACAAAACGUGUGAAUUGCAAAGUAAGCAGAAUAAUGAAUUUAUUUGUACAAUAUGCUCUGCAUCAGACCAAGUUAAAGGCCAUGAUUUUGUAGUUCUUGACGAUCUGUGUAAAACAAAGAAAUUUGACAUUAAAAAGGAUAUUAAAGAAUUAGAAGAGGUUAUCUCUCCAACAUACGUAGACGCUGCAAACAACCUGGAAAACCAGAUUGCUAACCUAGAAAAAGAGUAUGAGAAACUUACAACAGAAUUGUCUAAAAAACAGGAAGAAUGGCACAAAGAAAUUGACAAAGUUGUCAGCAGAAUGAAGGACAAAAUAGACGGAUUUAAAGUGAAACAUCGGGACGUUCUUGUGAAGCACUUGAAUGAGAUCAAAAAGAUAAAAACGUCAAUUGAGGAAAGCUUAUCGGCUUUUAGGGAAUUAGAGGAAUCCAAUGUUGUGUCAUCUAUCAUGGACUACAGAACACGAAACAACGAGUUCAGUAAACUUCCACCCAAAGUUACAGUCUCGAUGACUACAUUUCAUCCAAAGACAAUCAACAGUGACAAAAUUUUCGACAUGUUUGGAUCUUUGAAACCCUAUAAAACGAAAACAGACGAAAAUGGGUACAAAUUAAAGAAACCAUAGGGCUCAUUAAAAUACCCAAAUUUACGAAGAAAGGCCCAAAAACAAAAAGUUCAGUAAACUUCCACCAAAACUUACUGCAUGUCUCGAUCUACAUUUUAACGAAAGACAAUCAACAGUGACCUAUUUCAAUAUGCUUGAAGCUGUGAACAUUUUUGAUACGAGAAUAAAUGAAAAUUGGUAAAAAUUUAAGAAACUGUUGGAUUAACAAAAUUCACUUAAAUUGAUUUAUACCUGAAGUAAACAGGAAAUCCAUAACUGGUGCUGGAAUGAGUAGAAUAGAUUGGCUCCAUCUGAAACAAAUUUAGGCUCACAUGAGAUAAAGUUAUAUUACAUGAUUGACAAUUAGUGUAUAGUGGCUGACAAUUUAAAAAAAAAUGAAUAGAAUUACCAAUGGAAAGAUGAAAAAAAUAAACACUUAUUAAUCACAAGGAUGGACAUUUGUUAGUCUCUGAAUUAAAAUCUUCGGUGAUCUUUUAAUAGACAUAUUAUGAUAAUGAGAAAAAUCCAAGGUAAUCCAAUACACAGCAGCUACAUUAAUUGACGUAAUAUUGUCUCUGCAUCAGAUACCAGCAUAGAGUUAUCAUCUAUUUUCUUCUCUUUUGAGAAACAUGACAACUUGCUUGUUACCGAGUCCUUCGGUUCGUUAUUGAAUGAAAACUUUUGUAUAUUGUGCUCAACUUUCAUCAUUCUUUCCAUUCAAUGUCUAAUAUUCUCUGAUUAUUAAAAUACUGGCUGGAUCUUUUUUUUCAAGAUUCUCAUCUCAAAAUCAAUUUUGUAUGGUUUUACAAUAUUACAUUACAUUAAACACGAUUUUAUUACGAUCUAUUUAAUUUACAUUUUUAAUAAUUUUAAUAAUAGGUCACAUUGAUAUAAACAGAUUCCCAUACCACCUUAAAUCACAAGACUUUGUUAGAACCACUCAUUAAACAGCGACCGUGACUUCAGUCAUAUUUACCUCUGUAAUUGCUGCAUAAGAAAACCUUUAGUUAAUGUUCUCUCUAGUCUAUAGUUUAUGCAAUAAUAUAUAUGUAAUACCGGAGGACAGCAGUUGAAAUUGACCUCCUCGAAAAACAUUAUUGUUAACCUCCGCUUCGCGUCGAUUGACAGUGGUCUUUCUUGGGGUGUCAAUUUUAACUGUUACCCUCCUAAACAUGCACCUUAUACAUAAUGUCGCCCUCUAAACCGUGUAAUAUCUGUAUAAUAUAUCUUUGUGGUAUAUUAACCAAUCAAAAGCCUUAUUAAAUGAUAUACGAUAAUUGUAAAAAGCGUAAAUAGUAUACAUUUGAUAUUUUUAUUAUGACUAUACAAUAUUUCUUAAAAUACAUUUCUAUACCGUUUCAGGUUAAUGAUCUGGAAAACCCAGUAAAGUAAAACGCUUUGUUUCGUUUGGUGACAUUGAUAACAUAUCAAGAGCGAUAAAUAACAAGAUGGAGCAUAUAUUCCUUACCUUAACACGCACAUUAAACUGUUAUUUCAGCGCCUUAGUAGUAACUUGUUUUAUUGUUGCUCAGUGGUAAGAUACAAAAAAGGUAACAAAUAUUUGACAAAAUUAAUGAAACCAUUUAUGGUAACAAAUAAAUUCCCGAUACAGAAAUAUACAGGAUUUCAAAUUGUAGCUAAAAAAUAAAGGUAGUUGCUGUCAUAUUACAACAAUUUUUUUUUCAAAUUUCGAUAUUAAAGUGUUGCAUUGGAUUGAAAAUGAGAGAGAAUCCAAUGACAGACAAAUGUGCUACCCUUCUCCAUA